UCAACGGCCAUCGGCGGGGUCUCUUACCCAAGGCCGCAAAAACAGCCAUAUUACAGGAGGGCACGAUGUUGUCUCCAGAACAACUUCUAGAUUACGGUCGCGGGCCAACACAAAGCUCAUCGACGAAGGAGAAACAGGAACGCAAAAGGCUGCUGUUGAGACGACUUCAAGAUAGGGAAGAGAAGGGAGAGUUUAUCAUGAUUUCAACGAGUCCGGAGAAAAGCGAGAUUGAGAAUGGCAGCCACCAAGCGCUUGGCGUCAGAAGUAAGAGCUAUAGUUCCAGUGAGGAGGCCGUACACUUUGAGCCUUUACUUCGCGAUGCGGUGGAAAAGCUACCGGAGAUUCAAUGGCUCCGACGGCAAUUUUCUUUUUCUUAUCCGAUGGCAAACGAAAAUAAGGAAAACUUUCUUCCAUCUGUUCUUGAAGUACCUCAGCAAGGGGACGAUGGAGAUGGACAUCAAAGCAGUGACUUAGUGUGGUGUUCUGACAUCGAGCACGUUUUUCAGACGGCAGCAGGGCAAGCCAAAGUGGAUGGCGCAAAAACAACAAAGGAGGUCGCACAUGGACGACAGGCUAUGGAGUCAGCGCCAGGACAUCACUUCAUCAGAAUCGAUGGAACGAGGAAAACGUUCGUGCCUAUUACAGAAGCACAAGAUCAAGCAGAGGAUCAUGUGAACACUCAAAAUGUAUCAAAAUCCGACCACCAAUCGGCGCUAGUGAUGAAGACGAACGCAGGUGGUGGUUAUUCUGAGGGGAACUGGAGCAAAUAUCGUGGAGCAAAAACUACUCUUCCUGAUGAUCUAGGUCGGGAACGGGAUUCGAACAACGACGGCUACAACGAUGAUGAAGAUGACAAAGCGGACAGCGCCAAUGCGACAAAAAAUCGAACACUCGUGAUGUGUAAUGUGCUCUUGACACCCACGACCGCAGAUCUAGCAGAGAAAGUCAGCAAGCUUGCCGCAGAGUACCGCUGCAAGACCGUGCUGUUGGAUGGGUCCCUUUUGAUAGGCGGCGGUGUCGCACUCACGCAAACACAGGGGCACGCCUACGUCGUCGACGAUGAUAAGAUAUUACCAGGUAACCAAGUAGAAGUCAAUGUCCUGCAAAAUUUGGAGAAAGUGCAGGUUUUGUUCUCGACAAGGGGUUUGCUCAAUGCGGCAGCAGUAGCUCCACGGAGUCACUCGUACGGACUACUCACUAUAUGGGGAAGGCAUGAUAAACUACUAGGGGAGGAGCCAUUGCACGGACCACGGCAUGCGAAAACGCCCGCGGACAGUGAACAGAUACAGAAGUUGAACACGGGCGAAAGUUUGACAGGUCUACUGGCUUGUAUAGCCGACGGUGGGAAAAAGCACGUAGAUGAUCUAGAUCCAGCUUGUGGAAUUGGUGAAGAAGAUACAGAAUUGUCACGGGCUCUCUAUUUUCUCAAAAGAACGCAUGAAGAUGCGGGCACCCGUGGGCCACCACCCGCAAUCAUGAGCUCCAAUCCUCCAUGCCGGGUGAAACUCAUGAAAGAUUUCUUCAAACAUUUGCUAGCUGAACCAGGCGGCGCUUUUUCUCGGUCCGCAUACCACGGGUCUCUUGCUCACAACGCGGACGAAGCAGGUGCUAGUCCAACAGAGUCGAAAUUCACUCUGGUGGUGCAUGUACUCGUAAACUUGAAAUAA